CCCAGUGCCGCAGGAGAGAAAGCGCGCACAGGUCCUGCUCCCAGUCUUCGCCUCGGCGCCCCUCAACAGAGACCGAGCUCCUCUCCUCCGCCUCGGCCUCAGCUGAGCGCCCUCCUCCUCCGGAGCACACAUCACCCCUGCAGCCCCAGAAGUGCCCCAGCCCCACGUCGGCGACCACCAUGACGGAGACCAACAACGAAUGUAGCAUCAAGGUGCUCUGCCGCUUUCGGCCCCUCAACCAGGCAGAGAUUCUGCGAGGGGACAAGUUCAUCCCCAUUUUCCAAGGGGAUGACAGCGUCGUUAUUGGGGGGAAGCCUUAUGUCUUUGAUCGUGUAUUCCCCCCAAACACAACUCAGGAGCAAGUUUAUCAUGCAUGUGCCAUGCAGAUUGUCAAAGAUGUCCUUGCUGGCUACAAUGGCACCAUUUUUGCUUAUGGACAGACUUCCUCAGGGAAAACCCAUACCAUGGAGGGAAAGCUGCAUGACCCCCAGCUGAUGGGAAUUAUUCCUCGAAUUGCCCGGGACAUCUUCAGCCACAUCUACUCCAUGGAUGAGAAUCUUGAAUUCCACAUCAAGGUUUCUUACUUUGAGAUUUACCUGGACAAAAUUCGUGACCUUUUGGAUGUGACCAAGACAAAUCUGUCUGUGCAUGAGGACAAGAACCGGGUGCCAUUUGUCAAGGGUUGUACGGAACGCUUUGUGUCCAGCCCAGAGGAGAUUUUAGACGUGAUCGAUGAGGGGAAAUCAAAUCGUCAUGUGGCUGUCACCAACAUGAAUGAACACAGCUCUCGAAGCCACAGCAUCUUUCUCAUCAAUAUCAAGCAGGAGAAUAUGGAGACUGAACAGAAGCUCAGUGGGAAGCUGUAUCUAGUGGACUUGGCAGGGAGCGAGAAGGUCAGCAAGACCGGGGCAGAGGGAGCGGUGCUGGAUGAGGCAAAGAAUAUUAACAAGUCACUGUCAGCCCUGGGGAACGUGAUCUCCGCAUUGGCUGAAGGCACUAAAAGCUACGUUCCAUAUCGUGACAGCAAAAUGACACGGAUUCUCCAGGACUCUCUGGGAGGAAAUUGCCGGACAACUAUGUUCAUCUGCUGCUCACCAUCCAGUUUCAAUGAUGCAGAGACCAAGUCUACUCUGAUGUUCGGGCAGCGGGCAAAGACCAUUAAGAACACCGCCUCAGUGAAUCUAGAACUGACUGCUGAGCAGUGGAAGAAGAAGUAUGAGAAGGAGAAGGAGAAGACAAAAGCUCAGAAGGAGACAAUUGCAAAGCUGGAGGCUGAACUGAGCCGGUGGCGCAAUGGAGAGAAUGUGCCUGAGACAGAGCGCUUGGCUGGGGAGGAUGCGGCCCUGGGAACAGAGCUCUGUGAAGAGACGCCUGUGAACGACAACUCCUCCAUCGUGGUGCGCAUUGCCCCUGAGGAGAGGCAGAAGUACGAGGAAGAGAUCCGCCGCCUCUAUAAACAGCUUGAUGAUAAGGAUGAUGAGAUCAAUCAGCAGAGUCAACUGGUAGAGAAACUGAAGCAGCAAAUGCUGGACCAGGAAGAGCUGCUGGUGUCCACUCGAGGAGACAAUGAGAAGGUCCAACGAGAGCUGAGUCACCUGCAGUCGGAGAAUGAUGCCGCUAAGGACGAGGUGAAGGAAGUGCUGCAGGCACUGGAGGAACUGGCAGUCAACUACGACCAGAAGUCCCAGGAGGUGGAGGAAAAGAGCCAGCAGAACCAGCUGCUGGUGGAUGAGCUGUCUCAGAAGGUGGCUACCAUGCUGUCCCUGGAGUCUGAGUUGCAGCGGCUGCAGGAGGUCAGUGGACACCAACGAAAACGAAUUGCUGAGGUGCUGAAUGGGCUGAUGAAGGACCUGAGUGAGUUCAGUGUCAUCGUGGGCAAUGGAGAGAUUAAGCUGCCGGUGGAGAUCAGCGGGGCCAUCGAGGAGGAGUUCACCGUGGCCCGACUCUACAUCAGCAAAAUCAAAUCUGAAGUCAAGUCUGUGGUCAAGCGGUGCCGGCAGCUGGAGAACCUCCAGGUCGAAUGUCACCGCAAGAUGGAAGUGACUGGGCGGGAGCUCUCGUCCUGCCAGCUCCUCAUCUCCCAGCAUGAAGCCAAGAUCCGCUCACUUACAGAAUACAUGCAGAGUGUGGAGCUAAAGAAGCGGCACCUGGAAGAGUCCUAUGACUCCUUGAGUGAUGAACUGGCCAAGCUCCAGGCCCAGGAAAAUGUACAUGAGGUAACCCUGAAGGACCAGGAACCAGACAUACAGGAUGCAGAUGGAGCGAAGAAGGCCCUGGAGCUGCAGAUGGAGAGUCACCGUGAGGCCCAUCAUCGGCAGCUAGCCCGGCUCCGGGACGAGAUCAAUGAGAAGCAGAAGACCAUCGAUGAGCUCAAAGACCUGAAUCAGAAGCUCCAGCUAGAGCUGGAGAAGCUCCAGGCCGACUAUGAGAAGCUGAAGAAUGAAGAACACGAGAAGAGCACCAAACUACAGGAGCUGACAUUUCUAUACGAGCGACAUGAGCAGUCCAAGCAGGACCUCAAGGGCCUGGAGGAGACAGUUGCCCGGGAACUCCAGACCCUCCACAACCUUCGCAAGCUGUUCGUUCAAGACGUCACGACUCGAGUCAAGAAAAGUGCAGAAAUGGAGCCCGAGGACAGUGGGGGGAUUCAUUCCCAAAAGCAGAAGAUUUCCUUUCUUGAGAACAACCUGGAACAGCUUACAAAGGUUCACAAACAGCUGGUACGUGACAAUGCAGAUCUGCGUUGUGAGCUUCCUAAAUUGGAAAAACGACUUAGGGCUACGGCUGAGAGAGUUAAGGCCCUGGAGGGUGCACUGAAGGAGGCCAAGGAGGGCGCCAUGAAGGACAAGCGCCGGUAUCAGCAAGAGGUGGAUCGCAUUAAGGAGGCUGUUCGGUACAAGAGUUCGGGCAAGCGGGGCCAUUCUGCCCAGAUUGCCAAACCCGUCCGACCAGGCCACUACCCGGCAUCUUCACCCACCAACCCCUACGGCACCCGGAGCCCUGAAUGCAUCAGUUACACCAACAGCCUCUUCCAGAACUACCAGAAUUUGUACCUGCAGGCUGCACCUAGCUCCGCCUCAGAUCUGUACUUUGCAAACUCCUGUGCCAGCAGUGGGGCCACAUCUUCCGGCGGCCCCUUGGCUUCCUACCAAAAGGCCAACAUGGACAAUGGAAAUGCCACAGACAUCAAUGAUAACAGGAGUGACCUGCCAUGUGGCUAUGAGGCUGAGGACCAGGCCAAGCUUUUCCCUCUUCACCAAGAGACAGCAGCCAGCUAAUCUCCCACACCGACUGCUGGAUACCUGCACUUACAGUUUCUAAGAGGGACUGAGGCCUCUUCUCUCAGCAUGCUGCAAACCUGUGGUCUCUGAUACUAACUCCCUCCCCAACCCUUGUUGUUCAACUGUACUAUGUUCGAUGUCUUCUCUUACUCUGUAUCUCUUUGUACUCUGUAUCUAGAUAUCAAAAGCUGCUGCUAUGUCUCUCCUCUCUGUCUCACUCUCUAAGUAUCUAACAAUGUAUCUAGCAAUUUCUAAGCAUAGUCAACCCUCCUCAUUUGGGGUAAUAGAGUGGAGGGUGAGUAUUUCUUCUUUUUUUCUCAUAUAUUUGUCUCUCACACUGAGUGGUGUUAGUCACUGAGUAGAGGUCACGGAAAUGAUUAAAAGAAAAACGAGAGCUAGAGGGCUAUGGCCCUCUUUUCUCUCUCUCACACACACGCACACACAAAAAAAGCCUUAAGCAGAAGAAUGUCUUAGCAUCAUAAGAAGACACAGAAAUAAACUCUUCCUCCCUCCCUUCUCACAUAGAUCACAGGUAGGGGUCAAUUGGAAGGGCUGCUAAAUCAUAUGUAUAAUUUUCUUCAUACACCCCCUCACCCCAACCAAGGGAUUCCAGGUGUUCACCUCUGGAAUGAGUUGGCCUAUUGCCUCCCUCUUCUAUUCUCCCCUGGACUGAGAACAUGGAUCAUUUCCCUUUCUCUUCCAAUCUUCUCUGAUAUCCUUUACCCCACAGCUCAUGACCAGAACCCAGAGUUGAUUAAAAAUAUUUUGAAAAAUUGAGGAGGCAGACCCCUCCCAACAAUCUGUCAAAUAGGUUGCUCAUCUGUCCGUGGUGAUAGCUAUGGGCAAGCACAGUCAAAACUAUUGAUUCCUUGGGUUUAGGCAUGAACAAGCUGGGAAAUUCCUUUUGUGUGUGUGUGUGUUUGCCACAGUUGCCCUCAGAUUGAAGUGAUAAGCUGGAUUCCUUUCUCUGUCCUAUAUUGGGCUGCACGUUCCUCCCAUCUCCAUCUUUUGGUCUGGGGGCUCUCAGUUCACUGGCAAAACAUUUAUCUCUAGAUACCUUCCUUUCCAGCAGGAGCCUGAUUAACCCCAAUACACAUUUUUUAUUUUUUCACAGAGUUUUUUCUUUAAUGUUCCCAUCUGGUAUUAAGUGCACUUUAAGGAAAGGAGCAGGGCAGAUUUUCCAGAGGUGAGAGAGCUCAGGGGCUUAACCCGAGGGCUCUUCCACCACUACAUUCUCAGCCCACAUGCCCCCUGGAGACUUGAGAGGGCUGUUGUUUUGGUUUCACACAGUCCUCUCUGUCCACAUGGUGCUCAGGUGGUUUUCCAGGUAAAUGCAGUGAUGGAGAAUGAAGGUCACUAGCCAGCCCAAGUUACGAAAGAAAGUCUGGUGUCCAGAUAGCCAGUCUUAUCUGGGCUAGAAGACCAGGAUCCCCCAGCAGCAGGCAUCCAUCACCUAGAUUCUUCUAAGUCAGGCAAGAAAGCUUAGUGUGAGUGCCAGCUGGUAAAUACAAACUUUAUUAGUGUGUUACUCCUAUAAGGGAAAAAGUCCCUGCUCCCUUUACCUGUUAGGGCCCUUUUCACAAUUAAGGAGAAAUGCAAGAAAAAAAAAAAAAAAAACAGGGGUGUGGGAUAAAUUCCAAAGUGGCAGUUUUCAAACAUUUUUAAGAACAAAUCUUACAUAGAACCUAAUAUAUAAAAAAUAGCUGAAAGUGACACAGACCUGGGUGGUUUGCAUCUUCUUUGUUUGGUGGAAAAUGCCUCAUUACUUGAGGAGCCCUUGAGACAGUACUAAGAGCCUCUGAGGUUCUGCACAGCAGUUUGAAAACCACCACUCUGAGGAAAGGGUUCAACGUGGCUCCCCUUCACUAAACCUCCAACUCUUAGCAAAGAGCGGAAGGGUAGGUGAGCCGUCCAGACCCAAUAGGAGAAGACAAUACCUGUGCACCUGUGAUCUGGGCAUGAAGGGAAUCAAGCUGCUAAAGAAUUUGAGUCCCCUGCUUAGAGGAAUACCAAUAAAGGGACUUAAGCUAAUAUUUGCCACCAGGGCACCUGAAAAUCCAGUGGGUUUUAUGUAAUCUUGCCACUAAAUGAUUCUUUUGAAAAAUACAUAAGGAAAUGCGAAGGUGUAGGGCAGAGGAAGAGGGAGCUGACACGGAGGGGGCAGCCUUCUCUUCAACAACAUGUAAGGGAAAUGUAAUCCACUUACACAUAUGAGAAACGACACACAUACAAACCCUUCACCAGAAGCCUCAUACUGUGUCCUCCUCCUCCUUCCCACUCUCACUGCAUCCGGUCCAGAGAGCCAGGGUCACAAAGGACACCUGGCCUGCCCACUCACAUCUGCCAAAAUGUUGCAUGCCAGCGUGGAAGACAAACCAAACUGCACAAACCCCAGUGUGUAUUUACUUGAUGUACAUAAAUACCUUUAAAAUAAAAGAAAUUCAAUGAUGACUCUACACUGUUGUAAAUCUUCUUUAUCGCCGCCCCCCGCUCCCCAUCUCACUCCCUUCUUUGCAGGUAAUGGCACUUAGAAUGUAGUACGUACUCUUCCAGAUGUUUUUCUAUAUAUUUAUACACAGCUAUUUUUUUCACUUGACAAAAUAUCUUGGAGAUCUUUUCAAGUCAAUAAACAUAGUUUACCUCAUUAAAAAUAUAUAAUUUUCCAUAUAUUUUUCCUGUAAUUUAUUCAACCAUUCUACUAUUGGCUGGUAUCUAGGUUGUUUGUAAUUUUUAAUUAAAAAUGUAUCUUCUUGUGCUCAUCAUUUUUCACCCAGACCACCACUGCAGUCUCAGCAUCAAUUCCUGCCCUCUCCCAUGCCUCUCCAUC